CAUUGUUAAUAAAUAAUUGGCAAUCGCAAUUAAACCACAUCUGUCUACAAUGUGCAGAAGAGAUGUGUUCAGAAUGUCUUAACGAUGUGUAUCAUUGCAACGGCUGUUUAAUUAAAAAUUUGUUAUCAAAGAAUCUUAUUUUUGAAACGUUCCGACUGUUCAGUUUUAUUGUACUCUUCUGUGCUUGGAGAUUGUUGUUUCUUUGAGUGGAGCGCAGUGUUUGAUUCUAAAAAUUAUGAAAAUUAAUGUAGAUUUGCGUACAUAUUUACUCAGAGAUUACAAAUGUAGCUUAUCGUUACUGAUUAAUCUGGCGAUAGUGAGUGAUUAUCACAAGAGUGAUCCGCUGGCCAACUCUGUUCCUCGUGGAGUGUUCAAACCGCACGACGUCGCUACGAAACAGGGAACAUCAUGAGGAGGUGUCAGACCCUCCACUCCAAGACGUUGGCGAUAGGGACUCGUUGGAUCGUAGGGACGUCAAGAACGGGAGGAUGCACGACCUACCGCGCCAAGAGAAACCGAGGAUUCUCCUGUUGCGACGGUGGAGCGACAUGCCAAAACACCUUCAGUUCAACCCUCACAUCCGUACAGGAUACAGACCGCUCAUGACCGUCCGCCAGUGCCUCGGUAGCCUAUUUUACAUCCACAAUGAGACCGUCAAUAUCAUGACGCACGGAUUCGCUAUCUUGUAUAUGCUAUUGACGAUACCACAGCUUCUUCCAUGGGGUGCCCAAGGAAUCUUCACGCAAAUCUUAUCUUGGUGUCACCUGAUCGGCGCUAUUAGCCCGUGGAUAGGAUCCUUCGUCUAUCAUCUCUUCAUGAAUUUAAAUUACGACGACGUCUUCUACAAGAAGUUGCUGAGAUUAGACAUGAUUGGCAUAUGGCUGUGCCAAAGCUUCGGAGCAAUACCCAUGAUAGCAGCAUCCGUUCACUGUUUACCUAACAGCUGCUGGUAUUGCUGUAUUUUUAUCUAUUGCUUUCUCAGCAUUUGGGGACUUCUUAUGGCAAUGAACGCUUACUCUCCGUGGGAGAGAAGAUUAUGUUUCGCGCCUCCCUUUCUCAUGAGGAUGAUGGUAAUGAUUCUACGAUGUUUUGGGAUUGGUGGUGGAUCUCCAAAUGCUCUGCAUCACAUUGUAUUACAAGACCUGAUAGCUGUCGUGGGAGCAACCAUCGGGGCUUUGCGUAUACCUGAGAAAUGGAUUCCAGGCAAAUUAGACUUCAUACUGAAUUCUCAUAAUUUGAUGCAUGUGCUGGUUGUGCUGGCGGUUUGCUCGAUGCACGCUGCCACCUUGCAGGAUCUUGCUUGGAUGACCGAUCCGUCUACGUGCAACGGGACGAGAUUCGUUCCAUCAAUGCGCGACGAACUGUGAUUGAAACGUGAAGACAAUUCACUGUAGUCUGUGAUAAAUUUGAGCCUACAACAGCCGGCGAUUACUCGUGUAGGUGCAAUCGAUGACCAAAACACCUUUCGCUCGACGAGCGGGAGAAGUCUUUUUAAACGCAGUUGUACAGAAACGAAUGGAUAUACAGAUUGUAUGUAUCGAAGCAACAGGGUGAUAAUGAGAGGAUAUUUUACUAUGGA